UGUCGUCUACUCUAGAAAAAAUGAAGAUUACCGACCGUACCCUAUUUAUCAGUUUUGCCGCGUUCCUUGAUUUUAUUGGGUCCACAAUUUCAGUAACCAUAAAGGAUUUAUUUCCAAAAAUAAAAGGUGUCUUGCCACCCCUCGAAAAAUUUCCAGCUGAAAGAGUUAAAGAACUGACAAGAUUAGGAAGAGUAGGUGAUUUCAAUAUGAUUGACGUAAAGGUAACUUUCUUGUUCAGGAAAAAUGUUAUCGUUGGAUUCAAGAAUAAAGCUGUCGUUAAUACCCUAGACGUGUUGUUUAACCAAGAAGAUUUAGAUAUCGUAUACCACAUAGAAGAAAACCAAUGGCUAGAAAUGUCCAAAACAGAAUUGAGGCAAUUGGGUCAAAACCGUAUAUAUGAUCUUGUUGUUGCGCGCGAUGUGGCUGCUGAUUUACACCAGUUACCAGAUAGCUCACCACCUGCGAAGGUAAAAGCGCACAUUAGAGCCUGCAGAGUAGCAAACCAGGAAACAGAUAUCUUUGAAAAAAGUAUAGAAAAUAAGAGAUUGGGUCACCAAACACGCUUGCCAGCGCCUAAUGUAAUUAUCAUGGAAGCAUACACCAGGGUUUAUAAACGUGAAAUGCUUAAGUAUUUUCCUGAUGAGGGACAGACUUCAAAUCCGUAGGCAUGAACGUACAAUUAAAAAACCAUCGAUACUCAGGCAAUAUUACAUACGAAGCUUUAAUAAAUUUCAAUAAUUAUUAUCAGUACAGUCAUUGGAAUUUAAAAAAAUGUUUCUAGAUUAACA